GCUAGACCUCCCUGUCUCCGCGGAACUCCUCUUAACUGCGUGAAGCUCCAAUCCCUCCUACGAACUUCACCUGGAAUCUCGCGGGCGCGUGCUGCGUUCCUCCCUUUUACGUCCAAAGACAUUAUCCGUCCGAUCUCCUCGAGACAAUUCUUUACGAUACCCGGAGUCGACAUGGCGCCCCUUCAGGCCGAUGACAUGAGAGUGCUGGGCCAGGAUCCCCUCAUUCCGCCCGCCCUGCUCAUCUCCGAAAUCCCUAUGACCGAAGAGGCUCUUCAGACAGUGGUCAAGGGAAGGAGGGAUGCCGUUGGUGUCAUCAUGGGUUGGAAUGACCGCCUGCUGGUCAUCGUCGGACCCUGCUCCAUUCACGACCCCGCCACUGCCCUUGAGUAUGCCGCUAGGUUGAAGGCGCUCUCUGAGAAGCUUUCGGGGGAUCUCGUGAUCAUCAUGCGCGCCUACCUCGAAAAGCCGCGGACGACAGUCGGCUGGAAGGGCCUGAUCAACGAUCCCGACAUUGAUGAGACUUUCAAGAUCAACAAGGGCCUUCGCGUCUCCAGACAGCUCUUCCGCGACCUCACCUCGUCUGGCAUGCCCAUCGCCAGCGAGAUGCUGGACACUAUCUCUCCUCAGUUCUUGGCCGACUUCAUCUCUGUUGGUGCCAUCGGCGCCCGGACCACCGAAAGCCAACUGCACCGUGAGCUGGCCUCUGGCCUGUCUUUCCCGGUUGGCUUCAAGAACGGGACCGACGGCAGCCUCGGCGUUGCCAUUGACGCUAUUGGCGCUGCAGCGGCGAAGCAUCACUUCAUGGGCGUCACCAAGCAGGGGCUGGCAGCUAUUACCCGGACAAAGGGUAAUGAGCACGGUUUCGUCAUCUUGAGAGGAGGCUCGAAGGGCACCAACUACGACAAGGCCAGUAUCCAGGCCGCGAAAGAGACGUUGAUCAAGAAGGGCCAGAAGUUGGCCAUCAUGGUUGACUGCUCCCAUGGAAACUCGAACAAGGACCACAGGAACCAGCCCAAGGUGGCCAAGGCCGUCGCCGACCAGCUCCGUGAAGGCGAGACUGCCAUCAUUGGUGUCAUGAUCGAGUCCAACAUCAACGAAGGCAACCAGAAGGUGCCACCCGAGGGCCCUUCGGGACUGAAGAAGGGUGUGAGCAUCACUGACGCGUGCAUCAACUGGGAGACAACUGUUGAGGUUCUCGAGGAUCUCGCGGCUGCUGUCAGGGAACGCAGAAAGGUAACCGCAGGCGCCACCAACGGCUCGCCAAAGACGACACCUCUUGAGGAGGAUUAAGUCUUAUCCAUUCCCUUCGUCUCGCUUAAAAAGAGGAACAGGCCGUCAGAGGUUGGAGUCAAAAGAAAAAACAUGGUGGACCGGGUGAGGGAUGGAAGCAUGCGAGGGCUGAGCAAAAUCAAAAUCAUUAUAUCCUUUUUCUAACAGGUCUAGGGAUCAACGGGGCUACGAGCUUCUUCUUAAAAAAGUAUAAUAGAAUGCCCCGAUGAGAUCGAUGGAUCCAUUUUCGUGCAGAUUGUCUUCGUUCUCCGUGGACG